GGUGUCCUGAAGCAGCUCGUGCCCCUCAUGGGCGUGUGCGCGGUGCGCGUUCACUGAACACACCAGGAAAUAUGGCGGCGCUCAUGACUCUCAGUCAGUUGUCAAAUGGAAAUGCAGCCUAUGAACAUUAUUACAGACAGCUUGAUCCAGCAAACACAGGCAAAAUAUCUGCAGGCGAUGCUGCUCAGUUUCUUAAAAAGUCUGGAUUAUCAGACAGCACGCUUGGAAAAAUAUGGGAUUUGGCAGAUUCUGAUAGAAAAGGCUAUUUGGAUAAGAGGGGUUUCUUCAUCGCCCUGAGACUGGUGGCGUCAGCGCAGGGUGGAAAUGAUAUCAGCCUUAACAGCCUCAACAAGAAUGUACCUGCACCAAAAUUUAGAGACACUGCCAGCCCGUUAUUAACUGCAUCAUCAACAGCAUCUGACUGGGCAAUUAGGCCUGAUGAAAAAGGGAAAUUCGAGGCAAUUUUUGAAAGUCUGUCCCCUGUGAAUGGUCUCCUCUCCGGUGACAAGGUCCGACCUGUUUUGAUAAACUCCAAGCUACCUCUGGAUGUGUUGGGAAAGAUUUGGGACCUUAGUGAUGUGGACAAAGAUGGACAUUUGGACAAAGAAGAAUUCAUAGUGGCUAUGCAUCUGGUAUACCGUACCAUGGAGAAGGAGCCUGUCCCAAGCAGCCUACCUUCUUCUCUUAUCCCACCUUCCAAAAGAAAGAAAUCUGCGCCUGCGCUUCCAGGCGCCGUGGCCGUGCUGCCCGCCUUGUCCGGCCUCGGAUCCGGUCCGGCUGCUCUCAAAGAGACUCUGCGGAGCUCUCCUUCGUUGAGAAGCGCCACUCCUCCUGUGGCGAGCGCUGCUUCUGCCAUGGGUGGCAUUACUCCCCUCAACCCCAGUGCUGUCAACCUGUCUCCAAAACACUCCUUUAAAUCCAGCCCAGCAUCCGCUCCAGCGGCUGCGGUGAAUUGGGUGGUACCGGUGGCCGACAGAGAGAAAUACAAGGAGCUUUUCAAGACAACAGACACUGAUGGCGACGGCUUCAUCUCAGGCACAGAGAUCAUCGAGAUCUUCAUGCAGUCCAACCUCUCCCAGACAAUGCUGGCGCAGAUAUGGGGACUCGCUGACACAAAACAGACAGGCAAGCUGACCCCAGAGCAGUUUGCACUGGCCAUGCAUUUCAUCCAACAGAAGGUGACUAAAGGCGUCGACCCUCCCUCUAAUCUCACGUCAGACAUGAUCCCCCCGUCAGAGAGGACUGCAGCAUCAGCAAUGGGCCUGAGCUAUAUGGGGAUUCUUCCUUCUGGGAGACCAGACCUGGUUUCCACAGCUAGUAUGCGCAGAGACAGCGGCAGCUCCGUUGGGUCAGUGGAGCUCACAGGCAACAAAGAGCUGGAUGACCUCAGCCAGGAAAUAGCGCAGCUGCAGAGAGAGAAGUUUUUCCUGGAGCAAGAGAUUAGGGAAAAGGAGGAAACCAUUAGACAAAAAAACAGCGAUGUUCAGAACAUGCAGUUGGACCUGGACAGGGAGAGCAGCAGCCUGCACAGCCUGGAGUCCCAGAAGCAGGACGCUCAGGGACGUCUGGAGGAGAUGGACCAGCAGCGCUCCAAGCUGGAGGCAAUACUCAAUGACCUGAAGCAGAAGUGUCAGGAGGAGACGCAACAGAUUUCUUCUUUGCAAAGCCAGGUCCGCUCUCAGGAGACCAACGUCCGCAGCCAGGAAGAUGAACUGAGUCGCACCAGGGCGGACUUGAGUCGGCUGCAGGAGGAAGAGGCCCAGCUGGAGCAGAGGCUGGUCUCCGGUCGCGUUCAGCUGGACGGCAUCGUCAAUUCGCUGAAAACCACGCAGGACGAGAUCAACCAGGCUCGCAUUAAGCUGUCGCUGAUCCAGGACACCCAAAAGGAGCUGACCCAAACCAUUGAGCAGUACAACAGCGCUUUGAGAGAGAUCAACGGGGGAAACUUCAGCAACCUGCCGGAUCUGAGCGAGGGUGUCGCCGAAAGGGAGAACGGAGGUUUCAGAAGUGCGGAUGACUCUUUUAAGUCGAGGAUAGCCAUGUUCAAUAGCAGCAGUAAAAAGGAGCUCCCAGCAGACCCCUUCCAAGUAGAAGACCCGUUCAAGUCGGACCUUUUGAAAGAUCCAUUUGGAGAAGAUCCUUUCAAAGAAAACGAUCCCUUCAAGGGGACCUCAUCUGAGGACUUUUUUAAGAGAACCAACAAGACAGACCUGUUUGGCUCUGCAGAGCCUUUCAGUAGAAAACCCACACCACCAGCCAAGCCAAGCGCCUUUGGGAAUUCUGACCCGUUCAAAUCAAACAACCUUAAAACAAAGGAUUCAGAUCUGUUUGGAAAAGGCGACCCCUUUGGAAGCAGUUCCUUCGGAGGCAAGGCCGGAGGAUUUGCUGACUUCAGUCACAUGCCAAAGAAGCCUGACCCUCCAUCAAAGAAAAAUGUGCCUAACCGUCCUGCCCCUCCCUAUGUAGAUCUGCUCGGCCCGAGUGCGUCAGAGCUGCUGCAGAGUGUCGGUAGAGACUCUUUUAUUGCAACACAGUCGAGAAAAGAAUCCAAAGACUGUCCUGUGGGUUUUGCAGAUUUUGGUUCUUUUGGAAGUGAGAACCAGCAGCUGGAGUGGGCCAAGAGGGAGAGCGAGCGCGAGGAGCAGGAGAGGCUGAGGAGGCUGCGGUUGCAGGAGCAGCAGGAUCUGGAGCUGGCCAUCGCUCUCAGCAAGGCUGACAUUUCCAACGCCUGACUGCAGCUUUCUGUCCACUUUCUGUCCACCCGAACUCUUCCGUUUACAGGCUCAUGCCCUCUGUUACCAAGUUGUGUAAGAGACCAGUGUUUCUUUCUGUUAUGACUGGACUCGCAUGAAAUGACUCUAAAUUUAAAAAACCCCUUUAAGGUACAGCUUCCAAACGCCGGCUGUGAGCAGCAGGAAUUCAGACUUCAUUUAAGCUCCACACCAGAAAUAUAUGGCAGACCGCUGAACUGCACCUCUUUCUGCUGACCUUUCAAACCUGAUGGUUUUGUAAACUUUAAGGGAGUCGUAAUUACAUUCAACAUGUUACCUAUAAUCAUGAGCUACAAUACCCACGGUCUCUUUAUGUACAUUAAGCAUUCUGGGUCAACGAUGACAUAAAAUUUGCCGCUCGAGUUAAAACAAGACUACAACUUUGACCAGACAGUUACACAAAUAUCCUUCUCUUGCAAGAUGCAGCCCUCACUAUGUCUCUGUUUUUGUGAAUAUCAAGUAACUAUGGGAGCUUCCCAAUCGCUCCGCAGUCCCGUUGAAGACACCCCCCGACCACGGGCACAAAGUGUCAUUAACUUUAGACCUGCACCAAUCAGAAUAUUGUGGCAGAUUUCCAGUUUUUGUAAACCUUUGACCUACCAAUACUGAUUAAGAAGUAUGAAUGCUCUUCCUUACGUCCUUAUGCACUAAAGUUAUAUUUUUCUACCCUUCGUCCCCUAAGCAGCUAUCGAGUAACGCGUACAGGGAGUAGAGCCGGCGUGAUGAUGUAUGUUUGAGAGAGCUAAACAUGGUUUUAUAUUUAAUUUAAGAUAAAAACUAAAUGAUUGCAGCGCUGCCAUUUAAAACGGUCUUAACAACUAAAACAACAGUCUCAGCGUGUAAUGCCCAGAGAUUGGAGAUCCCUUACCGUAACUGAAACAGGUCUUAAAUGUUACCAGCAUUUCCAGAUCCAACAUAUUCAAUAUCACAGGCGUACAGCUAUAUGCUAAAUGUCUCCCUUAAUUAACCGCAUGCGUGUCUCAAUGCAUCAAACUAAAUAAUUUUCCUCUUUGAAAAUGUUGUUGCAUUGCUGUGCUUCCUCUGAUUUGAUAUUAAGCAUCAUUUCAGGUAACGACUGGGUGUUCUUUUACUCAGUAACGCUCCAUACCAACUAGGCUGUACUCCUUUCGGGCUUCGGGUUAUGCGAUGAAAAGUCUUGCUUUCGCUCGCCGUCUUGCAGCCUGAAUGAGGCUCACGACAUAGAAAAAUAGGAUUUCCUUCUAGAUAUCUUUCUGCAUCUCCGUGCUUCUUCUGACUCAACUCCCCAUUACUGAAGAAGUUAACUUGGAGUGUUUUUCCACCAGUUACAGCAUCCAAAUUGAUGAGAGUCGUCAGCUCAAACUGACUCUAGCUACAUAAGGUGCAUUCAGUGACCAUGGAAAAAUCGGAUUUCUGAGAUUCUGACGAAACCACCACCCCACUUAUUAUUUCUGACCUAACCUUCAGAGCCGGUUGUAUUUCUUAUUUGUCAAAUCCAAUGUGAUAUUUUCUAUUGCUAACUUGAAACCUUGAAAACAGCUAAAGCUCAAAAAUAAUCAACAUGAUCCAGGGCUGCAUCACAAACUAACAACUUGGACUUUAAUGUGUCUGUGCACCAGGCGCUUUUAGUAAACUCCUUCUACUCCCAAUGACCGCCCACCUUGUGCUUGUUAGCCUGUUUACCUUAAACAGCUGAUUACAGGAGGGGGAAGCACCUCUGCCAGCAUUAAAAAGGCACUUGUAGCACAGACUCAACACACUUUACCCCUGCUCUCAUCUUCCCACCUCUGUCAUCAUCUUCAUCUUGGCGCACUUCUCCAGUAAUCUCUGCGCAGUUGUCUGAGGCUGCACUCAGCGGGGGGAGCCGAGAGGAAGAUGUAUUUAUCUCAUUGUAGUCUCACAGACUGGAGCCGUUCGCAGACAUUUUAUCUAACUACUAACCAUAAUGCUCCGCAACAUAAACACCGCAGGACGUUUCUCUGAUAUUAUGACGACAAAGACAUUCUUAGCAUUUUAAAUAUCACAUCCAUAUGGCUCUUUUCCUGGGUUAGUACAACGGGCCAUGCGAGUCAAAUUAGUCGAAGCAGAGCCAUUUGGGGAAUAUUUUACAGUUUAUGUAUGAAGUCAAAGAACGUGUGGUGCAUGAAGUAAAAUGCAUUUUGAAGUCUGUUUUCCAUAACCACGAGUUAGGCAGAAAACUUUAAAUAUGAAGUCAAACAGAACACGUCAGCCACUCUGUUGGUCUGCGACUGAGCUUGUCCAGCACCAGAUGGUGAAAGAAACCUUUUUAGACGCUCCAUGCUUUAUGAUUAAAUUACAGUUAAAUGCACGUUUUGGAUUAGGCAAGUCAUUGGAAUCUAAAAGUGUCUUAUAGGACUUGGUCAGAUCAUCAGAGGUAUGAUCCUCUUCUUUUUUUCUUUUUUUUUUUCUUGUUGUUACACAUGUUUUUAAUUAUUUAAGGAUUCGUGUCCACUAUUUGUGGCAUUAGGGUGCGUGAAUUAAAGAUGACCUGAAACCUGAUGAAGGCCAGUGAGGAUCAUCGGGGUCUUUCCUUCAGUUAUGACUCAGAUGUGAGCAGCUCGCGUUUGUCUGAUGGUUUUAACGCCGGUUGGUUUGUUGUGGUGAACUUGCACUCCCAUACAACUAAAAGCCUCUAUAAAAUGGAAACGUGUAAACCCACGAUGUUUAUACUGACGCUGUUACAUUUUACUUCUGCUAUGCUUCGCAUUACUAAAGACGCACCGGGAUUGUUGUCACUACUUUUUGCUUCUCGUUUAUGAGUAAAAUCAACCUUUUUUUUUAUGUCAUGAUUUGUCUGUAUGUGGAAGACAGUUUUUCAAAUGCGUUCUUACUGCUCUCCAACCCUAAUCAGGUCUAUCAGGCACAUAAUGAAUGUACUGUAUAUUCCCUACAGGACAUGUACAGCAUGUGACGACGCCUUAAUUAUCUACAUAUCAACACUAAAGCUGUAAUAUUGCAAUGUAUUUAUGUAAUUAUUAAAAAUCAACUAUCUUGAGUUUUGAUUUUUCUGAAAACUGUAACAACUUUGAUCCUAAAUAAAGUUGACUUAUGACA